AUGGCCGCUGUGCCCGCAACCGUGGUCGCUGACCUCGCCACCGGCGGCGGUGCCCCUGGGGAAAGCGAGACGCCUGAGACCGCCGCAUACUGGGUCCCACCGGAGACGUACCCUGACCUCAACCCAACCAAGACGGGCCCUGCGCCCCAGCUGUUUGAAGACAUUCUCUCGGAGCUGCGCACCACCAUCAUCAGGAACCUGCAGCACAAGGACCCCGAGGCUGUCGCGUCCGACGCCGCCUUCCUCAUCGUGAACCAGCUCUUUGGCUACGACGAGGAUGUCGACAAAACCGACCUCUGGGAACAGCUGCGCGAGGUCAUCAACGAGGGCCAGCUGAUCAAGGAGUCCAAGUACCCAGAGUUUACCAAGGACUGGAGGUUGGACAGCCUGUCAAAGUACCUGCCCGGCCGCCCAAAGAUUGACGACGCCAAAUGGGAGAAGGUCAAGGAGGCCCUCAACUCUGUCGCGGCAUCAUACAAGGCGGUGAAUUCGGCAAAACGCGGACCUGACCAGGAGCGGAAAUUUGAAGCGCUCUUCAACAUCCUGGAGUCAAAAAAGGCGGUGCUGGAGGACCCAUCCCUGCUGCUGCCAAUAUAUGUGCAGUACCUAAAUGUGUACAUCUUCAGCCUCCGCCAGGGCAUCAGCCUGGCCCGCAGGGACGUGCCAGAGUCGACCGAGGCAUUGGGCCUCGGUUCCGUUUGGAGGGAGGCCAAGAUCCAGCAGCUGGAUAGAGUGAUCAACCAGGCUCACAGCAGCGCCAUGACGAUCUACAACAAGAUCCAGGAGCCUGACCAGAAGGAGAUUGCGAAGCAGGUCAACGGGAAUAUCCCUGUGGAGACACAGUCUGCGGUCGAGUUGCGGUUCCCCGGACAGUCCAUCAUCAGCUGGCUGACCGGCCGCCCCAACUACGGCGAGCACUACAACGCCUGGAAGACCUGGGAGAACCUCUGGAACCCUCGGGAGAACUUCCUCACCCGCUACGUCCUGGACUUUGUCGACAUCUGGAAAUACGCGAGGACGUUCGAGCCCCAGCGCGUGCGCCUGACCAGGGAGAUCUUCACCGUCGCCGGAGACCCGGCAGGCACGGGGUGGCUCAGCCCCUUCCCGCCGAAGCAUCACGAGAAGGAUCUUCCGACCUCGAUCGAGAUCUGGGCCGGGGACAGCAACCGCGCGACCGACCUGGUGGACGCGAUCCAGGUCCACUACCCCGACGGAGGCGACGACAAGCAGGACUUCGACAGGCUGAAGCCAAUCGUCCUCCGCCUCAUCGGCGGCAGCGACACCCCGCCGCCCCCGCGCACUGCGAACCUGCGCAUCAGGGCGCUGGACCUGGGGAGCUCGCCGAUUGUCAAGGUCUCAAUCAGGCACCACAAGCAGAGCGUUAGGGGGACCUACACCGACUUCACCCAGGUCCACAGGAUCGAGCUCGUCGACAAGAAUGGCAAGGUCUACCACGCCGGCCCCAGGCGCAACUCCAAUGACACGAAGACGGAGGACUCCCGCGCGUUCAGCGGCAGAGUGCUGUCCAGCGUCGUGGCCCUGGGCAUCACCGACAAGUGGUUCUCCUCCAUCAGGCUGGGCUGGCGCCUGGCGGACUACGCCUGA